UGUAGCGCGCAGGCUCCAGCAUCAGUCCCGGAGCACCACAUAGCAUCCCUGUUCCCGCCACAACAUUCCCGCCGCAGCGCAGCACACCGCUGACAGGAAUGUGACGCGCUUCCCGCCGCAGCAGGUUUUUCCAGCUUCUCCAGCAUGUUUGGAAAGAAGAAGAAGCGGCUAGAGAUCUCGGCUCCGUCUAACUUCGAGCACCGCGUCCACACCGGCUUCGACCCGCACGAGCAGAAGUUCACCGGGCUGCCGCAGCAAUGGCAGAGUCUGCUAGCCGACACGGCCAACCGGCCCAAGCCCAUGGUGGACCCCUCCUACAUCACACCCAUGAAGAUAUCUCCCAAGAAAGUCCGGCUGGCUGAAUCGCCGUUGCGAAAAACCAUUGUCCGUGGGAGCCGGCCGCCAAAGGACGCCUCCAUCAACGGCCUACUGGAGGAGUUUGACAGUAUCUCCGUCACCCGCUCCAACUCUCUGAGGAAAGAGAGUCCGCCUGGAGCCCAUCAGUCCGGCGGGAGCAAGCCAGCGUCUGCGUCCACGUCCAACGCCGGUGGAUCAGAGGAGAACGGCUUCGGACACUAUUACGGGCGCUUCUCGUGCGACCUGGACAGUAGUAAAGACUUCUCGCUGGAGGCGUACCGCGACCGAAGCGCCCAUGACGGCGAGUGGGCGGUCGGACGGCACUACCGCUUCUCUCUCAGACAGAAUGGCCAUCCCAUCCGUAGCCCCUUCUAUCCCGAUGCCAUGCCGCAGAAGUCCUCGGACUACGCCAAGAUGCCACCCGACUACCACGCCUACCUGGAGAACAAGAUGCGGCUGUCCACCGACGAGAUGGCCAUGGGUGGUCGCAGGGAAUACUACCGCGCCUCUCUAAGCGGAUCCAGCCAGGACUAUCGGGAGCAUCUGCUGGGAACGCCGUCGCGCGUCUCCAUCCACAGCGGGCAGAUGAACUAUCCCGAUGGAGACUGGGGAUACGGAGUGGGACUGAGAGACGACUACAACAAGAGGCCCAAGUCCUCGUACAUCCGUCAGACGAGCCCCCAGCCGGCCAUCCGGCAGCGCUCGCGCUCGGGGUCGGGCCUGCAGGAGCCCAGCCUGCCGUAUAGCAUCAGUGCAUUUAAAGCUGCGCCGCAGGGGCCAUACAGCUCGUACACGUACCCCAGACUGUCCGAGAACACGUCUUCACUCGUCAUAAGCAAGGGUGAGUAUGAGCGAGUGGCCCGUGACGGGAGUCCGCCGGGGCCGGGGCCCGAGACGUACCCACGCGUUCCCCUCAAACUACCUCAGAGCCACGGCAAACCCGGUUACCCGGCCGGUUUCCACUACAAACCCUUGCCGCCGCAGCCCAGCCCUCCCUACACCCCGCAGGGAGCGCACUCGCAGCCCUCCUCGCCCUUCAUCCCGGGCCCCGGGGCCUAUCCGCCGCCCAGCUGGGGCUCGUCCUCCGAGCAGCCGCCCUGCAGGGUUUCGCACGAGCAGUUCCGCGCGGCGCUGCAGCUGGUGGUGAACCCCGGCGACCCGCGCGAGUAUCUGGACAACUUCCUGAAGAUCGGGGAGGGAUCCACGGGCAUCGUGUGCAUCGCCACCGAGAAGCACAGCGGCAAACAGGUGGCUGUGAAGAAGAUGGACCUGAGAAAACAGCAGCGGCGGGAACUUCUGUUCAACGAGGUGGUCAUCAUGAGAGACUACCAUCACGAGAACGUGGUCGACAUGUACAACAGUUAUCUGGUCAGUGAUGAACUCUGGGUAGUGAUGGAGUUCCUGGAGGGCGGAGCCUUGACUGACAUCGUCACUCACACCAGGAUGAAUGAGGAGCAGAUCGCCACCGUCUGUCUGUCGGUGUUGAAGGCGCUGUCGUACCUGCACACGCAGGGCGUCAUACACCGAGACAUCAAGAGCGACUCCAUCCUGCUCACCAGCGACGGACGGAUCAAGCUCUCGGAUUUCGGCUUCUGCGCUCAAGUGUCUAAAGAGGUUCCCAAGAGGAAGUCUCUGGUGGGAACGCCGUACUGGAUGGCACCGGAGGUCAUCUCCAGACUGCCCUACGGCACUGAGGUGGACAUCUGGUCUCUGGGCAUCAUGGUGAUUGAGAUGGUGGACGGAGAGCCGCCGUACUUCAACGAGCCGCCGCUGCAGGCCAUGAGACGGAUACGAGACAACCUGCCGCCGCGACUCAAGGAGUCUCACAAGGUGUCGUCGGUUCUGCAGGUGUUUCUGGAGCUGAUGCUGGUGCGAGAGCUGUCUCAGCGUGCGUCGGCGCUGGAGCUGCUGCAGCACUCGUUCCUGAAGCUGUCGGGCCCACCGUCCUGCAUCGUUCCUCUGAUGCGCCACUACCGCCACCGCUGAGAGCCGCGCGUUUAGACUGCAGUCAUUCAGAGCGGAUCGGCUCGGCGGCCCCCGGGCGUCUGACGCCCUGCGCUUCGGUCCGGUCCCGCGCCGAUCACACGUCCCUCUCACGCUCGUCUUCUCACGCUAACUAUGAAGAUGUAUUUUAGAGCAAUUGUAAGUUUUACUUGUACAGUUUUGAUAAACGGCAGUAUUUUUGUUGUGACGUCACCAUGCUGAAAUGGGCAGUAUUACCUAGAACUGAGAGUUUCUGCAAAAUAAUAACUAAUAAUAAUAAACUUUCCUACUGUUUAUAUUUAAUUUUUUUGAAGAUGGUCAUAAACUGGCUGUUGCAGACAGAUGAACCUGAAUAUAUUUAUUUAUUCUAUGUUUGUAGGUCGUGUCCGCUCACGCCAGAGUUUUCUACGCUCGGUUUCGUUCUGGUUUUCAGUAGUGUGGCCUUCACGCUCAUUCUCACCCGAUCUCUAGCAAUAUGAAGCUGUUGGACACAGUCCUCACGCGUGUUUUCUCGUGCCGUCUCACCCGUGUCUCAUGGCUCACUGUGAUCUGGAAAUACGUGUUUCUGUAGGACUCUUCAGCUCCGCUGUCUGUGCAGUGAUCCUGCAUGUGUCACUAAGAGCUGCUUUCAAUAAAACACAGAUGCGUCACACGCCGUCCUGUGUUCAUUCGUCUCAUGAGCAGGUUUUGAGUUCUAGACGCUUAUAUGAAGAUGCUUUUCUGGAAGGAGUUCUGCUUCAUUUUGAAAUGAGCGAAUGAACUACAAUCCCAUGAUGCAUUGUAAAUGA